AUGGUAUCAAAUCUGUUUUGGCUAACGCCAACUGCCCCCUCCCUAGGCACCUCCAGCCACCGUGCUGUCCUAGCCAUCCAGCCCUCCUCCCUCUUCCCCCUCACUUCCUCCUCCUUCUGGCCAUCCAGCCCUCCUCCCCCUUCCCCCUCACUUCCUCCUCCUUCGGGCCAUCCAGCCCUCCUCCCCCUUCCCCCUCGCUUCCUCCUCUUUCGGGCCAUCCAGACCUCCUCCCCCUUCCCCCUCGCUUCCUCCUCUUUCGGGCCAUCCAGCCCUCCUCUCCCUUUCCCCUCACUUCCUGCUCCUAAGGGCCAUCCAGCCCUCCUCCCCCUUCCCCCUCACUUCCUCCUCCUUCAGGCCAUCCUGCCCUCCCCCCCCUUCCCCCUCACUUCCUCCUCCCUCGUGCCAUCAAGCCCUCCUCCCCCUUCCCCCUCACUUCCUCCUCCUUCGGGCCAUCCAGCCCCCCUCCCCCUUCCCCCUCGCUUCCUCCUCCUUCGGGCCAUCCAGCCCUCCUCCCCCUCCCCCCUCGCUUCCUCCUCCUUCGGGCCAUCCAGCCCUCCUCCCCCUUCCCCCUCGCUUCCUCCUCCUUCGGGCCAUCCAGCCCUCCUCCUUCUCCUUCGCUUCCUCCUCCUUCGGGCCAUCCAGCCCUCCUCCCCCUUCCCCCUCACUCCCUCCUCCUUCGGGCCAUCCAGCCCUCCUCCCCCUUCCCCCUCACUUCUUCCUCCUUCGGGCCAUCCAGACCUCCUCCCCCUUCCCCCUCGCGUCCUCCUCAUUUGGGCCAUCCAGCCCUCCUCCCCCUUCCCAUUCGCUUCCUCCUCCUUCGGGCCAUCCAGCCCUCCUCCCCCUUCCCCCUCGCUUCCUCCUCCAUCGGGCCAUCCAGCCCUCCUCCCCCUUCCCCCUCGCUUCCUCCUCCUUCGGGCCAUCCAGCCCUCCUCCCCCUUCCCCCUCGCUUCCUCCUCGUUCGGUCCAUCCAGCCCUCCUCCCCCUUCCCCCUCGCUUCCUCCUCUUUCGGGCCAUCCAGCCCUCCUCCCCCUUCCCCCUCGCUUCCUCCUCCUUCGGGCCAUCCAGCCCUCCUCCCGCUUCCCCCUCACUCCCUCCUCCUUUGGGCCAUCCAGCCCUCUCCCAGCUGGCGUGCGACCUCACCUGCAACAGCCCUCUCCCGGCUGGCGUGCGACCUCACCUGCAGCAGCCCCCUCCCGGCUGGCAUGCGAGCUCACCUGCAGCAGCCCUGGCGUGCGAUCUCACCUGCAGCAGCCCCCUCCCGGCUGGCAUGCGACCUCACCCGCAGCAGCCCUCUCCCGGCUGGCGUGCGACCUCACCUGCAGCAGCCCCCUCCCGGCUGGCAUGCGAGCUCACCUGCAGCAGCCCUCUCCCGGCUGGCGUGCGAUCUCACCUGCAGCAGCCCCCUCCCGGCUGGCCUGCGACCUCACCCGCAGCAGCCCUCUCCCGGCUGGCGUGCGACCUCACCUGCAGCAACCCCCUCCCGGCUGGCGUGCGACCUCACCUGUAGCAGCCCCCUCCUGGCUGGCGUGCGAUCUCACCUGCAGUAGCCCCCUCCCGGCUAGCGUGUGA